AUGACGACGAUCUCGAUGCGGCCACCCGGUGAUUUGAGUCUCGAAAGCCUGAGGUGCAUGGGCAGUUCGCACCUCGUGGAAACGGUCAACAUCAACCUCGAGGACUUUUCGGAGGCGUUUCUCACGUGUUCCACAUGUUUGUAUCAGUACGAUCAGGAUGAAAGAAAGGCGAAACUCCUUCCCUGCUCUCACAGUGUCUGCCUUGUUUGUCUACAACAAUUACUACAAGUUCAACAGAACGCGAAUGCCCCGUCCUCGUGCCUGAGGUGUCCAAUGUGCCGUGAAGUAUUUGCCCUUCCUCAAGGCGGAAUACAUCUACUACCCGCCGCUUUUAUGAUCAAUCAGCUGCUGGAUGUGAUGAAUAAGCAGAGAAAGGAUGUCGUCCCACAUUGCGCCCUUCACCCGGAUGAUAAUAUGUUGUAUUGUGAGGGGUGUGAUCUCGUGUUUUGUCAACAUUGCCAACAGACGGCUACAAACAAAAAAUGCUCGCAACAUACCGUAAUCCCGCUGGCCAUCGCCCUGAAACGGAUGAGCGAAAUAAUGCUGUAUCGGACAAAAAAUCGGCUGAAAUCGCUUGAACAGGCGCAAACGGCCAUCAACGAGGAGAUCCGAUUACUCGAUGAAAAUGCGGACACGAUCGUCGACCAGAUCAAUUCCACUUUUCAGGAGGUCUCGCAUAUAAUCGAGGCGAGGAGAAGAGAACUUUUGGAAAGUGUACGCGUCAGGAGGGACGAUAAGCGAAAGGUACUCCGGGAUCAAGUGGAAACGCUGUCCGACGAGACGAAACGCCUGGAAAAGGAGCUCGAAACGGGUGCCCUCGACGUGCGAGAAUUGGGGCGAAAAAUCCGUGAAUGGGAAGGGAACGGAGGGGACGAUCGGAUGAAUAUCGAGCCGAGGGAGAACGCGUUUUUGAGGCUCAACAAUGACACCAAGCAGCUCAUACAAGACGUCUCGAGCUGUGUGGGAUCGUUUGGAGGGCUGAGCGCGUCGACGACAUUCCCCGGAACAUCUACAAUCGACCAAACCGAACCCUCGACAACACAUACCGAAUCCACAUUCCGCGUCAAUACCGCUGACGUCAAUGGGAAACCGAGAAACACGGGCGGAGACCCGAUCUCGGCGUGGCUAGAGGGCGACGGCAUCGAAAAGGUGCAGUGCUCGGUGAAGGACAACGAAAAUGGCAGCUACGAUGUCACGUUUAGAGUGCGCGACGCCGGUGACUACAAUCUGCACGUGAAAAUCUUUGGUCGGCCCGUCAAAAAUAGCCCAUUUUUGGUGUCGGUGAUCGACCAUCAUUCGCCAAAAUGGCAACUAGCCGUGGAGCUGAAACAACCGACGCGCGUCUGCCUCGACGGCCCCGAAUUCUACGUGUUGGACACGGGCAAUAAUAGGAUCCGAGUUGUCAAAGACAAUGGGGACGUCGUCAGUGAUAUCACCUCGCCGUGUUUGGAGGGCGGCUCGGCCGUCGGGAUGGCGAUGGUCGAAAAAGAGAGAAUUGCUGUGUUGAAUUGGAAGCAGAAAAGCGUCAGCAUUAUCGACACGAAACGAGGCGAGAUUGUUCGCAAAAUGGUGCACGCCGAGCUGCAGGCACCGAUGGAUUUGGCGGUAGAUCGACGCGGACGGCUGCUGGUGGCCGACGUGGAGAAAGUGUUCGUCUUCGACCCGCAAUUCCAGCUUCUCUUCUCAUUCGCCCCAAAGAACAACCACAUCACAUGUCUCAAUGUCGGCCUCAACGACGAUAUCAUGGUGGGGACAAACCAGGGCCUACAACUGUUCGACGGUGCCGGGCGUUUCCUGCGUGAGAUUCCGGUUGGCAGCAGCCGGCCAAUGCUGGUGGAAUCAUGUGCCGUAUGCCCUUCUACUGGCAGAAUUAUGGCAGGAGUUGUCGAUUCGAAGACGAGGAGACCACAAUUGGCCGUCGCCCUCUAUAAGGGUCAAUUCGUGUUCCACAUCGACUCAUUCGGUUCUCGUCUCCGCCGCCCAUCCGGUCUCUCAAUGGGUUCGGGCCAUCGUGUCGGCCAAUGUUUCGUCGUCGAUCACGCCUGCCAUACUGUACGCAUGUAUAAAUUCUUG